CCUUCUGCCACCCUGUAGCAUUGCUCUUGGCCUUAAGCUGAAAGAGUGCUCUGUCCCAACUCCCUGAUCAUAAGAUUAGACCAGUCAAGAUGCUGACAGUAUCACUGAUAUGGGGAUUGGUAGUAGCAUUGUGCUGCUUUUUCUGGCUUAUUGUUGGCAUCCGAAGAAGGCAACCAGGGGAACCUCCCCUAGAAAAUGGACUCAUUCCUUACCUUGGAUGUGCCCUGCAGUUCGGUGCUAAUCCUCUCGAGUUUCUCAGAGUGAGACAAAAUAAGUUUGGAAAUGUCUUCACUUGCAAAAUAGCUGGGCAAUUUGUUCACUUUGUGACUGAUCCGUUUUCAUUCAAUUCAGUAAUGAGACACGGCCGGCACUUUGAUUGGCAAAAGUUCCACUUUGCAACCUCUGCCAAGGCAUUUGGGCAUAGCAAUAUAGACUCCUCUGAUAGUGAAGUAACCCAAAAUGUGCACGACUCAUUUCUGAAAACCCUGCAGGGUGAUGCCCUGGACCCUCUGAUUUCAAACAUGAUGGAAAAUCUUCAACAUACCAUGUUGCAAAACAGUUCUUACAAAGUGAACAGUAAAGACUGGGUGACUGAGGGUCUCUAUGCCUUCUGUUACCGUGUGAUGUUUGAGGCUGGCUACCUAACACUUUUUGGCAAAGAGUUCAACUCACCAGAAGACAAGAACCUUGCCAGGCAAGAAGCACAAAGAGCUCUCAUCCUGAAUGCUAUUGAGAAUUUCAAGGAGUUUGACAAGAUUUUCCCUGCUCUUGUAGCUGGCUUACCAAUCCAUGUGUUCAAAUCAGCCUACAGCGCCCGAGAAAACCUUGCCAAGGACCUUCUACACGAGAACCUAAGGAAGAGAAACAACAUCUCUGAACUGAUCAGUCUACGCAUGUUUCUCAAUGAGUCUAUGACCAGCUUAAAUGACAUGGAAAAAGCAAAGACACACCUAGCUCUCCUGUGGGCUUCACAAGCAAACACCUUACCUGCAACAUUCUGGAGUGUUUUCUACCUUCUCAGGUGCCCACAUGCAAUGAAAGCCUCCACAGAAGAGGUCCAACGGGUUUUAGAAAAGGCUUCCCAGAAAGUCAACUGUGAUGGCAGAUAUAUAUUUCUCAACCGUCAUGAAUUAGAUGAUAUGCCAGUGCUUGAUAGCAUAAUUAAAGAAGCAAUGAGGCUAUCCAGCGCAUCACUUAACAUCAGAGUUGCUAAAGAGAACUUUGUGUUACAUAUUGACGACAAGCAGGCAUUCAACAUCCGAAAAGAUGAUAUUGUGGCACUUUACCCACAGAUGGUUCAUUUAAAUCCUGACAUCUAUGAAGACCCUAAUAAUUUUAAGUAUGACCGCUAUCUAGGAGAAGACGGAAAAGAAAAAACAAGUUUUUUCCUUAAUGGCCGCAAGUUGAAAUAUUAUUACAUGCCUUUCGGAUCUGGAAAAACCAAGUGUCCUGGAAGACAAUUUGCUGUUCAUGAGAUUAAACAAAUGCUGACUUUGAUUAUAUGCUACUUUGACAUGGAAUUGGUGGACAAAAACAUUAGAUCUCCACCAUUAGACCAGUCCCGUGCAGGGUUAGGCAUCUUACAGCCAACGCAUGAUGUUGAUUUCAGAUACAAGUUAAAAGCUCAUUAAGAAGUGGAGUUCAGUAGUACAGAAACAUCAAAUCCAAUGUCGAGUGACAUCCCCAGCAUAUGUUAUCUUAUUUAUUUUAUUUAUCUCCCAGCAUCCCUCAGUCAAAGGGAAGUCCUGGGAGUCCAUAAAGGCCAUAAACAGGAUACCUUUAAUCUGCCUUCUACAUUGCCAAGGGACUUAUUAACCAUGAUCCCAAUACAUUUGAUAUUGCCCAAAUCACAUGGCAGUUCUACUUCUCAUUUGUAUUAUAGUGUUUUAGCUAUUAUCCUUCUGUAAAAACUCCUAUUUGAUUGCUUACCAAACUAUAUUACUAUUGCUAAUAGUUAUAACAUGAUUGUGAGUAUCUUAUAGGCCAGACAUGGGAAACUUGAGCACCUUUAGAUAUUGUUGAACAAAAACUCUCAGCAUCCAGGUGAAAGCUGAAUGCUCAAUCACAUCUAGAGAGCUAGGGGUUUAACAUGGCUGACAUAAGUACAUAUAUAGAACAAAAUAAGUUGUAAAUAUAAUGUAUAUGAUGACUACUAAAAAUGUGUACAGCUCAGACUUUCAGCAUCAUGUCCAUCAACCCAGAAGUGUGUUUCUGUGACCUAUUACUGUAAAUAAAUGUGUUAAUUAGUGUAUAUAAUGUUUACUUUUUUAAUGAAUAAUAAAAAAAAUCUUGUAUUGAUGCCAA